AUGUCAGAUACACUUACCAUGCACAGCAGAUUCCAAGUGGAAAACGACAUUUCAUACGCACGACGUCUUAUAAGUCAUAUUACGAUUUUUAUCAGACUCAAGAAAAGGGACGUUACACCACUCUCACACGUGCAGUAUAUAGCACUUUCAACAAACUACAGCUACGAAACUAUAGUAACUACUGGACUUGUCCUUUUUAGAGACGCUGAUAUUGCAUACAAUAAAGAACGUGAUUCGUUUAGAAAAAAAAUAGAAGUAACAUGUUUGGUUGCACGCAGUGUGAUACAAGAAGCGUUCAGUAAUUGGUUAAUUACACCUAAACAGUCUGAUUCUUGGUUUAUCGAAGGAAUUUUGACAUUUUACGGAGUUUAUCUAGUCGAUCAGAUUUACAGUGAAACUUUACUGAUGUCGAUUGUGGUUCAGACACGACGAAUGGUUUUUGAAUAUACACAAGCAUUUAUUGAAUAUGAUUUACCACUACAAGAAAAUCGACUUUUUCACAACGUAACUUUUAGUAAAAUGUGGAGAGAAAAAACAUUCAAUAUUUUCUAUAUGAUAAAUAGCUUAUUCCGUAAUCAAGAUGUAGUAUACAACUUUAUUUUUGAGAACGCGAUAAAGUUAUAUAACACUAGUACAUCAAGUGAGACAUAUAAUGUUCAGUCUAUUCUCCAGAAUGUAUGGAGCAAUUUAAUGUUUGUGCCGACCAUAAUUGAAAACAUCCGAUUAAAGAAUAAAGAUAUAAAAAAUGUGAUAACUACAUGGAUAACACAAACUGGGUAUCCCCUGGUACAAGUAAACCGGAACACUGAUGAACAAUCUCUAGAAAUUAUAGUUCAAGAUUGUGUUGCAGUUGAACAAAAGUUUCUGUGUGCAUAUAAAUGGUGGAUACCUGUAACCUAUGUAACAAUAUCAAAGAAUGUGUCUACUACUAAGCAUUAUAAAUAUAUAGAACCAAACGGAAUAAAUAUCUUUGUCCCGUAUAUUAAAGAAGAUGAUUUUAUCAUAAUCACAGGACACAAUG